CUGGGCACCGAGCAGGUUGGUCAGGUUCCUGGGUCAGGCUGUGACGGCUGCGACUCAGACAGUCUGUGAGUGAGAGAGAGAAAGUCGCACAUUGGGGGCACUGGAUUACUGGAUACUGACCCCCCCAAACCUUUCCGUCUCUCAGCGCCCAAUGGAGAAAGUGCCCGCCGGGAUGGGGCCCCUACAUGGUGCCCUACUGCCCCCCAUCUCUGUGACUGUCAGCCUGCUGAUCCUCCUGCUCUGCGCCCCAGGGGGCAGGUGUGGAGUAGUACAUACAGAGAAGAGCAUGACGGCGGUGCUGGGUACGGACGUUACCAUGCCCUGCUAUUACCAGGCAGAAGCGGGUGAGAAGGUGGCGCAGGUUGUUUGGCUGAAGAAGGGAGCGAAUGGGCAGAACAUGGAAAUUGCCCUUCUCAACACUGAGUAUGGGGCCAAUAUAUUCGGUGCCUACGAGGGGCGAAUAAAGGAAAAAGCCCCCUUGGACCCCGCGGAUGGGGGCAUUGUGCUGAGGAACGCAGUUCAGCCUGAUGAGGGCACCUACCUGUGUCGGGUCAACACCUUCCCAGCAGGGAACUUUGAUGCCGAACUGGAGCUAAAAGUGUUGGUUCCCCCCUUGCCCACCCUGGGCCCCGGGCCCCCACUCACUGAGGGAGAAGGGAAAUCCCUGGCAGCUUCAUGCACGGCGGAGGGCAAUCCUGCCCCGACUCUCACUUGGGAGACGGACGUGGAGGGAACCAAUACGACCCAGAAAUACGAGCACCCACGAUCCUCCUCUGUGACCAGCGAGUUCUAUGUGGUACCCACCCGCCGUAUGAACGGGAAGCCCCUCACCUGCGUGGUCUCCCACCCCGGAUUCCAGCAGGAGAAACGCAUCACCCACGUUCUGCAAGUCAGAUAUUUGGCAGAAGUUUCAGUUCAAGGACAUGAAGAUGGUUGGUUUGUUGGGAAAGAGGGGGCCACAUUGCAAUGCCAAGCUGGGGGGAACCCAGCCCCGAAAUACGAGUGGUCCAGGCUGAAUGGGUCCCUCCCUGCGGAGGUGAGGAUGGAGGGAAACACGUUGCAGUUCCUCAGGGCUCUGGGAGCAGAGGACGCCGGGGAAUACGCCUGUCGCGCCAGCAAUGGGAUUGGCACCAAGAGCAGCACGGCCAUCGUCUCUAUAGCGGAACACCAGGCAACAAAAAUCGAUUUAGUGUCGGUGUCACUGGGCUCGGUGGGGAUUCUGACUGCGGUUCUGCUGGUGGUUCUGGUCAUUACUCUCCUCCUGGUCAACCGGCACCACAAGAGGCAAACCAAGCAGCUCUCGGAGAAAAUUGAGGAACUUUCCACCCUCUCCAGGGAGGCGUCUCGGAGGAGGUUAAACUCUACAACUGCCAGCACUGAUACCCGCCUCCAGCUGGAAGAAGCCAUGCACCUGAGGUCUGGGAUGCAUUGCGACAGCCUGAGGGAUCCAAGUAUCAGUUCCAUGAUGGGGGAAGAGGCCGACAGACGAAGUUACUCCACUCUCACCACAUUAAAGGAAACAGAGACCCAGACGGAACUUUUAUCUACUGUCCCGGAUGAAGAGGUGAAAGAAGAUGGUGAAGAACCAGAGCAAGUGGAGCAGUCACUGGAGAAAGAGCCAAACCCCACAGAGCCAGACGGCAUGGUCGGAGUGGCCAACCAACCUUUCAUCAAGCAGGGCAUGGCACAUUUCUACCAAGAGAAUGGCACACUAAGGGCAAAGCCCAGCGCCAAUGGUAUUUAUAUCAAUGGAAGGGGGCACCUAGUAUAGCAAGACCCCACCAUGGGAAAUGUUCCAAUUGGACCAGGACUGGGUACUCAAGUUAAAAAGAACUUUUCUUCUACAAAUUUCUAAGGAUUAUGGUGCCAAAAGGGGAACUUUUUGAUCUGAGAAGCUUAUUUUUUCCCAACUGACUGAUCUCCUUCUUACCGUGACCAUCAGUGGAGACAAUCUUCUAGAUUAUUGUCUUGGGACUAAAUAAAACCCAUCCCAUUUACCUGUUUGUUACUGGCACACAGCCAGUGUGGGAAGCCUGGAUUCCACUGCUGGGAAAGGGCAAGUAUUACUUUUGCACCUCUACACGUUUGAGAGGAGAAUGAGUGGGAGGAUCCUUACUGGCCCUCAACUCAGCAUGAAAGAGACUGUUCUCCAACAGGGGACCAUUGUGUUAUUGGGCUAAGGGACAAUGAACAAAAACAUACCAUAAUAAGUACAUGGGGGGUUUAUAAGGAAAAAUAACAUACAUGAACAAAGAAGUCCCUUCACAAAGCAGGACUGGGCAUCUUCUGUAGGCAACAUGGCCUUCUAUCCUCUGCACUCUGUCUAUUUGAGCCAAAGCAGGACUGGGCAUCUUCUGUAGGCAACAUGGCCUUCUAUCCUCUGCACUCUUGUCUAUUUGAGCCAAAGAAGGACUGGGCAUCUUCUGUAGGCAACAUGGCCAUCUAUCCUCUGCACUCUGUCUAUUUGAGCCAAAGCAGGACUGGGCACCUUCUGUAGGCAACAUGGCCUUCUAUCCUCUGCACUCUGUCUAUUUGAGCCAGUGCAGGACUGGGCAUCUUCUGUAGGCAACAUGGCCUUCUAUCCUCUGCACUCUGUCUAUUUGAGCCAAUGCAGAAGAACCGCAUUCCAUUUGGGAGAUUUAUUGCACUAAUCGGCAUUCGGUGACCUGCUGGUGGGAAUAUGUGACAUACUCAUGGCGAGUCUGCUGCUGGGAACCAAUUCCUCUUGGUGGGACUGUUUGAGCUCCUGUUUGAGUGUUUUUACGUGUGGCACUUCCUACUGGUGGCACUGACGGACUUCCUACUUGUGAGACUGACAUUUCCUGCUUAAGGGACUUUGGAUUUUCCAGUUGGUGACACUGUUGGACUUCCUGCUUCUAAAACUAUGGGAGGUAUUUUCUGCUAGUGGCAAUAAGGACUUCCUGCUGACUAAACUGUGGGACUUCCUGCCCGUGAAACUAUGGGAGUGAGGAACUUCCUGCUGGUGGUAAUAAAGACUUCCUGCCCCUAAACUGUGGGACUUCCAGCUUGUGGAACUAUGGGAGUGAAGGACUUCCUGCUGGUGGAAAUAAGAACUUCCUGCUUGUGGAACUAUGGGAGUGAGGAACUUCCUGCUUGUGGAACUAUUGGAGUGAGGGACUUCCUGCUGGUGACAAUAAGGACUUGGAAAGGAGACGAUGGAGAUGAAGAUGUCUGAGCAGGAGUUUGUGGCCAUGGAAACUGUAUGAGGGGAAGCAGAGCACUCGGCGGAGCUCCUGAAACCCAAUCAGAGCGUCCGUUUGUCUGGGAAUUGGAGAAGCACUUGAAUUGGACCCAUUUAAGAGAAACAAAGGCUACUGCCUACGAUGUGCAGGAAGCUGCUGGUUUGUAUAUAUAUAUUAUAAUGUCUUUAUUCUUUAUCGUUUGUACUGUUAUAAGGCUGUUCUGCAGUUAUAUAUACUUGUAAAUAAAGUUGUACAUUCAGCGUAA